AUGUCUUCCCAGCCCGAGCACCCCACCCUGCUCAUCCCAGGCCCCAUCGAGUUCGAUGAUGCCGUCCUCCAGUCCAUGAGCCACUACUCCGAGUCACAUGUCGGCCCCGGAUUCGUCAACACCUUUGGCGAGACCUUGUCCAUGACCCGCAAGCUCUUCCAGACUACCGCUUCCGAUGCCCAGCCCUUCAUCCUCUCCGGCUCCGGCACCCUGGGUUGGGAUAUCGUGGCUGCCAACCUGGUCGAACCUGGCGAGAACGUCCUCGUCCUGAGCACCGGCUACUUUGGUGACGGCUUCGCCGACUGUUUCAAGGCAUACGGGGCCAAUGUCGAUAUCCUCAAAGGAACUGCCGUCGGUACCCGCCCUCAGCUCCCUGAGAUUGAGAAGGCCCUCAAGAGUAAGCAGUACAAGGUCAUUACCGUGACCCAUGUCGACACCUCGACUGGCGUCCUCAGCGAGCUCAAGGACUUCACCAAAGCUGUAAACAGCGUGUCUCCGGAUACGCUUGUCAUCGUUGACGGCGUCUGCAGUGUUGCGUGUGAAGAGAUUGCGUUCGACGACUGGAAGCUGGACGGCGUCGUGACGGCCAGCCAAAAGGCUAUUGGCUGUCCUGCCGGCCUGUCUAUCUCAAUGUUCAGCGGUAGAGCCAUUGCUGCCGUCAAUGCGCGCAAGACACCACCGGCGACAUACUUUGCGAACAUCAGAAACUGGCUGCCGAUAAUGCAAAACUACGAGGCUAAGAAGCCUUCGUACUUUGCUACGCCGUCACCACAGCUCAUCCACGCACUCCACACGUCAUUGACCCAGAUCCUCGCCAAGCCUCUGUCCGAGCGUUUCGCCAGGCAUAAGGAAGUCUCGGACCAGAUCAAGAAGGCCGUUGCCGACUUGGGCCUCAAGCAGGUUGCGUCCAGCCCCGAGGACCAGGCCCACGCCAUGACUGCUAUCUACCUGCCAGAGGCCAUCACACCGCCAGAUAUCCUGCCCAAGCUGGCCAAGAGCGGCGUUGUCUUUGCUGGUGGCAUUCACAAGGAGAUUGCCACCAAGUACGUGCGAUUUGGACACAUGGGCGUCAGCGUGACCGACCCCAACCGAACCGAUAUCCAGAAGGCUAUCAACGCGCUGAAGGAUGGUCUUUCCGAUCUUGGCUACCAAAAGGUUUAG